AUGGCCGCCGCCGCUGCUCCCGCUCCCGUCCACGGCCCCGCCGACGACAUUGUCGCCGCCUCCUAUGUCGGUUUUGACUCCAUCACGCGCCAGAUCGAGCACAAGCUCCUGAAGCGUGGCUUCCAGUUCAACGUCAUGGUCGUUGGCCAAACGGGUCUCGGCAAGUCGACCCUCGUGAACACGCUCUUCGCGUCGCACCUCGUUGACUCAAAGGGCCGUACCGAGCCUGACAUCGGUGCGCGCUCCACCACCGAGAUCCACGUCAAGAGCCAGGCCAUCGUUGAGAACGGUGUUCGCCUCAAGCUCAACAUUAUCGACACGCCCGGUUACGGCGACCUCGUCAACAAUGACAACUGCUGGGAGCCAAUCAUCAAGUACAUCAAGGACCAGCACUCGGCUUACCUCCGGAAGGAGCUUACGGCGAUGCGCGAGCGCUUCAUCCCCGACACGCGUAUUCACUGCUGCGUCUUCUUCAUCUCGCCCACGGGCCACACUCUCAAGCCCAUCGACAUCACUGUCCUGCAGAAGCUGUCUGAGAUUGUCAACGUCGUCCCGGUCAUUGCCAAGUCGGACUCGCUCACGCUCGAGGAGCGUGCUAUCUUCAAGCAGCGCAUCAUGGCUGAGCUCCAGUACCACCAGAUCCGCCUGUACCCGUUCGACGGAGACGAGCUGGACCCCGAGGAGCUCGAGCUCAACGAGCGCGUGCGCGACAUGCUCCCCUUUGCUGUUGUUGGCAGCGAGCGCAACGUUGUCGUUGACGGCAAGCCGGUCCGCGGGCGCAUGCACCGCUGGGGUGUCGUCAACGUCGAGGACGAGAACCACUGCGAGUUUGUCUACCUCCGCAACUUCCUCACCCGCACCCACCUCCAGGACCUCAUUGAGACGACCAGCCAGAUCCACUACGAGACGUUCCGCUCCAAGCAGCUGCUCGCGCUCAAGGAGUCGUCGGCGCGCCAGGCCCAGCAGACCCCGACCCCGGGUGUCGCCUAG